AUGCGAAGAAACCACAUGACCGCCGAGUCCAACGAGGCUGCAUGGUUGCAAGCUGUCCGAAAAAUGGCCGCCAAGAGGUUCGAUCCGCCUCGUCCACGUGCAGUCCGCGCAGUCAGUCGACGAAAAAGCAUCAAGAAGGCCUCAAAGGCGCAACUGCCAAGCGUUAUGGACCUUACGGGACCUGCUGAUGGUGACCUAGAAAUGACAUUCGCUGGCACUGACCAGGGCCCCGUUGGUCCUCCAGUUGGACUUGGUACUGCACCCAUGGGCAGCGCCAAUGGCUAUCCUCCGCACGAGAUGCGCUACCUCUCUUACAAACAUUCUAGGUGGUCGCUUCGCGUCCGAAAGGAACUCAUCACUCCAUUGGAGAAACUUGCACCAAAACGGGUUUUGGACUUAGUCUUCUGUCAAAUCGUUGGCGAUGUGCUGGAGAAUGCCACUGCCCGUUUGAGACCCAUAGACGUGCGUGCUUUGCGGGAAACAAUUGGUGAAAUUACUCUAAACAGUUCAGUCAACCAACUCGUCCUGCUACCGUCCGUUACUAAGCGCAUGGUAAUAGAUGCCGCCAGAAAAUGCCCAUUCUACUUCGGCCGCUUUUAUUCCAUUGAAUUCAUGGAGGGUCCUAAGAAAUCCCGCAUCUGUCACUGGGCCGUGGUCGGGCAGAAUGCCGUCCGCUUUGUGCGGCAGAAGAAAGGCGAACGGGCCCUAGAGGUACUCGCGGAAGUGCCGUUAGGUGAAGUGGCUCGCUGCGAUGCAGACUAUAGUCAACGGCCUGUAGCUCCGCCAAAUCGACAAACGGCUGGUCAGAAAAUGCUCAUUAACAUCAAGGGCAUUCGAGAUCCUCAAGAACCCAACCACCUAACAAUUGUCGAUACUGCUGGACGCUCUUACGAAAUGCACUGUCAUUAUGCAGCGGACAUGAAGCGCUUGGUCGAUAUAUUUGUUGCAGAAUACAGGAUAAAGAGCGAAAACUCGCAGCGGAAGGUCUACGCCGCAAAUGCCCGUAAGAGGGAAAAAACGUACGAUGACUACCUCUCCGAUACAAUGUCCGUGGCUUCUUACAUGUCAAGUCAUACAGACGCGGUGGAAUGCCUUAUGCCUUAUGCAAAACAGUACUUCAAAGAAAGGAAACACUUUGGCAAGCAGCUCUCAUGGCAGAACCAGCCUUUGAGAUACGGUUCCCUAAUGAAACACAAUGAUACAGAAGUUGUUGAUGCGGCCUCCCGCAUUUUCGAAUGCAUUCUAGAAAUAUGCAAGGAACGGCCAACAACGAAGUCACCAGUAGCGCAGGUUCAGAAAAUUCUCAAGUUAGCGAGACGUUACCCCAGCCUAAACGAUGAAGUCUUCUGCCAACUGGUAAAACAAUCCAACAAAAACGAUAGCGAGAACUCCGAUUCGCUGACUACCGUCUGGCAGUUAUAUGCCAUCUGCAGCAUGUUUUUGACCUGCUCGCAAGAACUGAGGGCACCACUGCUAGAGCACGCAAAGACCGUCACUCUACACAGCAACAGCGAACAAACCCUUGCAGCGACAGUUGCCGCGAAUAUCGAAAAAGUUCGCAAGUAUGGACAGCGGCAGAACCUACCUUCUGACUUCGAAAUCGACUCCUACUUGCGCGGCGAAAUGACACGGAAACACAAGAUCAAUCUGCCCGCGCGCUGUGUGACUUCUGUAAAUGUUUCGCCCAUGUCCCUGGUGGGUGAGGUAUCUUGCAUGAUCGCCGAUCAAAUGAAGAUCACAACAACAAAAGAACGUCUGGAAUUCACUCUCUUCCAAAUUCCAACGACACCACUGGAUGGCGUCGCAAAUUGUGAUCUGAUACCCAUUCCAUUGGAUGAAUAUUACUUUGACGUCUGCCCCUUCGACGAGACCGAUGAAUCCUCCUCUCUUCACUUCCGUCGGGUGUGCUGGUGGACCCAACCCGACGUGAACAAACGGUCUCCCGAGUACAUCAAAGUUGUUUUCGAUCAGAUCGUAGAACAAUUCCUUACCGGUUACUGGGUUUCAACAGAAGAUAGCGUGUUAACUGAACCUCAAUACUAUGAACUGGUUGACGUGGCGGUAAAACUGUCCGUCAUCUUCCACACUGGACCGACAUUUACAAAGGAAGAAGCUGUUGACCUAAUGCCACGUGGUCUGGGAAUCCGCAAAAAGGACUGGAUCAGGAACCUCACCGACGCGAUGGCUGCCGCACCAGAGUUUACCAUCCCCGAGGCUCGGAAAGGCGUUAUCGCCGCUAUAUCUUCCUGGCCCCUCUAUGGAGCAACUUGUUUCCAUGGCUACCUAAAGAACAUCCCUGAAACCUAUGACAUCCGCGGUAUCCAGCCUCAGUAUGGUGACACCGAGUUCAACAGCACAAAUAUUCCCGUACUGGUGGCAAUUUGUCGAACAUCCAUCCGCCUCCUGCAUCCAUCACGACGUGUCAUCCUCAUGACGUUCGCCUUUUCUGAGCUAAAGGCUGUUCAGAAAAAUCUCUAUCGUGGUGCUGGAGAAGAAUACGCUGGUGAGGUAGUGAUGAACUUCGGCUCCAAAACGGUUCACCUUGUUCUGGAACAGGUACGCUCACUUUUUACCGAUACCGUACUUUGA